GUCAUAUUAUUUUCAGCUGCUCGAAUAUUUCAGGUCAGCUUAAUUUGACUGAAUAUUAUUAAAUAAAGCAACAAUAUGGCCGAUAACGCGGAACCACUGACUUUGUCUAGAGAUGUCAAAAGAUCGAUAGAGCUGCUGGAAAAGCUGCAAGCGAGUGGCGACUUCCCCACGACAAAACUGGCCGCCCUGCAGAAGGUGCUCAACUCGGACUUCAUGACCUCCGUGCGGGAGGUGUACGAGCACGUCUACGAGACGGUGGACAUCCAGGGCUCACACGACGUGAGGGCAUCCGCCACUGCCAAGGCCACUGUGGCUGCCUUCGCAGCCAGCGAGGGACACGCUCAUCCCAGAGUCGUCGAGCUGCCCAAAACGGAGGAGGGUUUGGGUUUCAAUGUAAUGGGAGGCAAGGAGCAAAACUCGCCCAUCUACAUAUCCCGUAUAAUACCUGGAGGCGUGGCUGACAGGCAUGGAGGUCUGAAAAGGGGAGAUCAACUUCUGUCUGUGAAUGGUGUGUCUGUUGAAGGAGAAAACCACGAGAAGGCCGUGGAGCUAUUGAAGCAAGCUGUCGGAUCUGUAAAGCUGGUGGUGCGCUACACACCAAAGGUUCUCGAGGAAAUGGAAAUGCGAUUUGAUAAGCAACGCAACACACGUCGUCGCCAAUAAGGCAAAUCGGCAAAAACUUGUGCCAUAGUAGUUUUUGCCAUUAGACCAUGCUGAUAUGCACGUAUGCGUGAAUCAAGCCCUUUACGAAUAAUAUAAUUUAACACAAAUACCAUUUAAAUAUUAUUUAUUACAAAGAAACUCUGGAAAAUUACUCUUUAAUCGUAAAAAGUGAGUGUUAUGUAUUUGUAACUAAUUACCGCGUUGGUUUUUUGUUCCAAUAAAUGUAAUUUAAAAUUGUCAGACAA